AUGGCAGACGUCGGCGGCGUGGGACGAGCAGAAGAAAUCACGAUUCUCCACAACUACCUCGAAAAAUACCCUAAACGUUAUUGGGAAGUUAGGGUUCUUGAGGCUGCAGUCUCCCCAUCUCCUCCACCCACCGCCACCACCAGCGGUGGCGGAGUUCCAGCAUGUGCAUCAUGCGGCCACCAGCGAACGAAGUGCACAGAAAAGUGCGUCUUGGCACCCUUUUUUCCGGCGGAGAAAACCCAAGAUUUUCAGGCGGUUCAUAAGGUUUUCGGGGUUAGUAACGUGACCACAUUGGUGAAGGAUUUAAGACGCGAAGACGGAAAGAAGGCGGUGGAUUCACUCAUCAGGGAAGCGAAUUGUCGGCUUAAAGAUCCAGUUUUAGGGCCAUUGGGAGAGUUCCAAAGGAUUUCAGAAGAACUUAGGGAUUAUAAAGCACAAUAUCAACAAGCCAUACAUCAUCAUCAUCAUCACCUUCGUCAAGUUCCCAUCACGCAAAGUGGGGUUUUGUAUAACAACAAAUCUAGACAACAACGAUUGAUAGGAUAUUGGAAUGGUGGUGACAACAAUGGAAUCAACAAUGGUACGAUGUUAGAUUACAUUCAUAGCAACGGAAUCGGUGGUGGUGGUGGUAUCGAUAAUUCUCAAAUGUUUAACUAUGCAUCUUUGCAAAAUAUGGAGAAAUUAAAGCAAGAACAAGAUCAACAACAAGGUUCUUUGAUUCAUCCUCAGCAGCAAAUCAUGAAUGAGUUCGGUCAAUUUUACUAACAGAAGGUAUUUGCAUGACACGACGACGUUUGCAAUAACUUAAUUGUAACAUUUUUAGCUCAUAUCAUCUUGGUUCUUAUUCUUUGAUCAUACAAAAUGUAAUAUUGAUUGUUUUCAUUUCAUAUGAAUUAAUAUUUGUAAAUUAGAUAAAUGGGUAUUGUCUU